GCCCCGCUCCCUGGCCCUGCCCGUGGGAAAAGGGAUACCUGCCCUGCGUUUGGGGCUGUCAGGAUCAGUCCUACCCCUUCAGAGGGGUCUGAUCCAAUGGGCUCUGCACUCACUUCUGUACUUGCCUGCUUCCAGGCUGAUUUUGCCCCUCUCCAGCCCCCUGGAGCAGCUCCUGCAGGAUGCAUAGUAGCAAGACCCUCUCUGGAGCUGAGUCAGGGCAGCAGGACCCUUCUGGUGCUGGUUUAAGGGCUGGGGGCUUGUUUCUCAAAGCUCAGUGUUUGGAGAUGGACAUGUGAUAGGAAGGGGCAAAAGGAGCUGAGCAUGGAGGGAGCCCAGAGCCCUGCACCUGGUGUGAUUGGCCCCUUGGUGAGUCCCAUCCCCUGGCCGGGGUCUCCCCCUGCCCUUCGAUACAAGCUGGUCACCCCUGAGAGAAGAGGUGAGUAUGGAGGGCAGUGGCUCAUCCUCCCGACGGAGGGGAGGUACCUGCUGUUGGCUGCAGUGGGACAUAGUGACAUCGGCUGCUAUGGGCAGGGGUCAUGUAUCUUGCCAGGUGAUGGCAAGAAGCCACCAACAUAAAGGAGAGACACAGCAGGUCUCUACAAGGCUGAGAGGGUGUUUGGGGCUGGGGGUUCUGAGGGCAGCUGUCCUGCUGGAGGAAGCGCAGACCUGCGGGACAUGUAGUGUCUCAGGUCCGUGGAGCAGGUGCCUGUGCUGGUGGGAAAAGGAGAGGUGAGGAGGAGAGUCUCAGCCCUGUAAGGGUUUCACAUCCCCUUUCUCCCCAGCCUGGGUUGUACUGGAGGCUGGGGGGCUGCUGCCCGGUGUUAGUUGCUGCUCUGUCCCUAGGGUGCAUAAGGGGCACAGACUCAGCUCCAACUGAGCAGGACAACCCCAAACCAUGUUGCCCUGGGCAGACAGUGUUGAAGAUGAGUUUGAGCUCUCCACCGUCUGCCACCGCCCUGAGGGGCUGGAGCAGCUCCAGGAACAGACCAAGUUCACCCGCAAAGAGCUACAGGUCCUGUACCGAGGCUUCAAAAAUGAAUGCCCCAGUGGCAUUGUCAAUGAAGAAAACUUCAAGCAGAUCUAUUCACAGUUCUUCCCACAGGGAGACUCCAGCACGUAUGCCACCUUCCUCUUCAAUGCCUUUGACACUGACCAUGAUGGCUCCGUCAGCUUCGAGGACUUUGUGUCUGGGCUGUCCAUCAUCCUGCGGGGCACCAUUGAUGAUCGCUUGAACUGGGCCUUCAACCUCUAUGACCUGAACAAAGAUGGCUGCAUCACCAAAGAGGAGAUGCUAGACAUCAUGAAGUCCAUCUAUGAUAUGAUGGGAAAGUACACCUAUCCAGCCAUGCGGGAGGAAGCACCCCGGGAGCACGUGGAAAACUUUUUCCAGAAAAUGGACCGCAAUAAGGAUGGUGUAGUGACAAUUGAGGAGUUCCUGGAGUCCUGCCAGAAGGAUGAGAACAUCAUGCGGUCCAUGCAGCUCUUUGACAAUGUGAUUUAGCUCCCAGACCUGCCUCCAGCCGAGCUCUCCUGCCACUGGGACCAGAACCUGCUUCUCUCUUGACUCUUCCUUUGAGCCUCCUCUCUGCCAGCUGUAGACACCCCUGUGGGAAAGGGGCCUCCCUUCACAGAGACACAGUCAGGGCCGAGAUCUUCCAUUCCACCUGAGCUGGCUCCAUUUUCCUUGGGGGAUCCCAAGCAGGUGUUCCCAGACAUCAGAUCAUGGGCACGGCUGGCAUGGGGUGAGAAUUUGGCCUGGAUGGACCUUCCUGCACCCAUUCCCAGCAGGGAAGCCCACAGCCUUGGGCUGUAAUAGAGGCUUCCCCAUGCACAGCACCCCGUGCAGCCACGGCUCCCCCACUCUAGACCCUCUCCCCAGUUCCAGGUGUCCCCUAGCAUCAGCUCCAGCCCAAACCCUCCAGCGAUGCUAUCUAGAAACCAACAGAGUCUUGCAGUGGGUGCCAGUGCCUCGGCCUCCUCCCCUGCCCUGGCCAUGCCCUGCUGCCAGGAGUGUCUAGCAUGUCAGCCGUAAGCCACUGGCGACCCUUCUUGCCCAGCCCCUGAGCUGGUGGGUGGGCAUCAUAGGGAUCAUGCCUGGAGAGGACAGAUGCAUGGGCACUUGGGGUUCAUCAGUACAUGAGCCUUAGGCAGUAGUCCCUGAUCCUGGGGUGCCCAGUCAGACCUAAAAGGCUCAUUCUGACAUGGGGAGAAGGGAGACUAAAGGGACCAUGAGGUGCCUUCUUGUGGCACUGGUCUCCAAUGAUAGAUGAUGCAGGGCUGGAAGAGCUGCAGCUUCAGCCCUCAUCCCUUGAGUUUGGGCUACCAGCAUACAAGGGACCUCAGGAACCUAUUUGGAGGCUCCAGUGAGGCUCCCACUCCUCCCUGAGGACACGGCAGCCAGGAUAUGGGGACAUAUGAAGGAGGGAGGUGUGCUGAGCUCUGCCCUUGGGCCUUACAGCAAACUCCCAGCAGUUUCCUGCUGACUGUCCCCUAUUCCCAUGCCGAAACCCACCCCAGCCCAUCUAGGCAAGGUGGGGAGAAAUGGGGCAGAGAGGCAACCCCACAGGCAUAGUCCUGUGCCGGCACAUGCAUGAACUGGCAACUCCUCAGAGAGAAAGUUGAGGCUGGGGCUGGCCAGGAGUUGUUGCUGUGCUGCUGAUGGGCUGGAGGGUCGCCUUGGGGUGAGGCUGGCUCAGGCCCUUCUCCUGGCAUGGCCAUGUGAGACCCUACUUGGGACCCCAGCAAUGGACCCAGCAUCCUGGGGCUCCCCACGUCUUUGUCACCACCAGCUCCUUGGAGCUGGGUGUGUGCAGGCAGGCCUAUCCUGUCCACAUACUCCUCUGAGUUGUAGCUGGGACACUGAUGCUUAUGGGCUAAUGACCCCAUGCCAGUGCCAGAGACCCCUCUGUGCAAUCCCACAAGUACUGGGAAUGUACCCAGACCCAGCGGACUCCAGCUCUGCUGCUCCAGACUCCACGUCCUCAGCAGCCAAGGGCAAUUUGGACCAUCCUGAGCUGCAGUGUCUGAGGUCAAUGGGGAAGGUAUGAGCAAGGCUAGUACCCAUGCUGGUCUGGGGCCCAGACCCAGGCUAAGCCCGUGGUGUGGGAGCCGUUAGAGUGGCCCCCCAGGGCUCUGAGCCAAAGCUAUAAGGCUGCUCUCCAGCAGAACCAUCCCUGGCCCAGCCCUUGCAGAAAUGUGUUUUUUAGGUUCAUUCAACACAUUGUUCAUCUCACAGUCCUGUUCCUGGGUUUGCCGUGGGGCUGAGCUCCCACUUGCAGUCUCCUAAGGGUGGGAGGACAGGUAUCCUAACUCUUAUCCCUCCUGUCUCCUCCUCCAAGUCCUUCCUCCUCCCAGGCCUUCUGGGGUACCCACCGUCCCCUGCCCCGUGGAGCAGAUGCCGCCUCCUCCCUCACACUGCAGGUCGCAUGGCGUGACCCCCCACCCCAGGGCAUGGCGACCCACAACCCGCUUGGCAUCUCCAGUCUGUAUAUUUUGUAUUAUAACAAUAUUAUGGGUUAAAAAAUAAACCAAAAAGCCCCAAAUAAAAUCUAACCACGAUCGCUAUGCA